AUGUCAAAACUGGCCGUUAUUCCCGUGACAUUGAGAAAUGGCAGCGCUGCAACGAUCGUCCCAUUCGAGUCGGUUGACCAGGUACCAAAAUCGCUGGUCAAUGAGAUGCGAAAAGAGUACAAUCUAGAAGUAGAGCAAGGUAACACUUUAUCUCAGAUAGAGCCACUUUCCGAGCAAGAGUUUCUGGACUACUACUGCCCCAAGUUCCUGGCCAUUUUGGUGGACGGCGAGUUCAAGUCAACAAAGGAAGUUGCUGAUUUUGCCAAAACUCAGGACGUUGGGUCCAAGUUCUUGGGAUCCUACUACAUCAAGCCCAACUAUCCAGGCAGAUCUGGCCACAACUGCAACGCGGGUUUUUUAGUUUCAAGCAAAACUAGAGGACUAGGUAUCGGGAAAAUCCUGGGGAAAAGCUAUUUGGAAUACGCUCCCAAAUUAGGAUACAGAUACAGCGUUUUCAACCUCGUGUACGAAACGAACCAGGCCAGCGCACGGAUCUGGGACCAGCUUGGGUUUGAAAGAAUUGGAAGGGUGAAAGGAGCCGGAAAUCUGAAAGAUCACGGAUACACCGACGCCAUCAUCUUCGGUUACGAUUUCACCAAAAAAACGGAAUAA